UCUUGAUCGGUUCGAAUGUAGUUUCAGUGUUAAGUGGGCUUCUGUCGAAUUUUAAGGUUUAGUUCAGGGUAAUGAGCAAUAGUAUGCCUUUUGGGGCAUAAUAAAGUUGAAGUAGGUCAUAACAGGGCUACCCGAGAAGUAUAGGUGAAUGAAGAGACGAAAAAUCCGGGUGUUUGAAGAGUAACCGUGAGUAAUAGUUUGGAAUUUCUAAGGACCUAGUGACCUACUAAAAUGAACGUAAACGUGUGUGUGAUAUUCCUAGUGAUAUUCUCGAUCAGUGGAAGUGCUUAUACUACGCAACGAUCUAACGUACGGGAAGAUGAAGGUAGCCCGUUCCUGGAUAUGGCCUCGGAGUUCCUGCAGUCGUUGGGAAAUCAAAAUGGAGGUGGUGGAGGCAAUGCGGCAGCUGGACUGUCCGGAAUUGCUUCCGUGCUACUCCCGUUAAUGGCUAAUGCCAAUGCAGGGGGUUCUGGAAAGGCAAAUAACGACGGCGUUGGAGCGAUUUUGUCCGGAAUAGGAAGCAUGCUGGCCAACUCGAACAAUGCUAAUGGUGGCAGCGCUGGCUUCGAUCCUGCCUUGAUCGGAAAUGUGAUUCAGAUGUUUGCCGGUGGAAACGAUGACCAGCCUUCGAAACGAUCAAGCAAACGCCAGAAGCGACAGAAAGCGGAUGAAGGCAACCCACUACUAGAUACGGUUUUGACUGUAGCCCAAACGUGGCUUGCCAAUUAUAACAACGUCGAUAGCAAUGACGAACGCGAACCUCAACAUCCUGGAAUUAACGGUGAUACAAUCGCCAACUUACUACCCCUUGCAGUACAAGCCUUUCAAUCGUUUAGUGGCCCAGAAAUGGAAAAAACACAGGAAAAACACAAGGACCAUUCAUGGGUGCUGCCGCCUUUCCUAGAGCACAUUCAUGUAAUGUGGGAUCAGUUUACGCAGUCGGAACUGGCUCAGGCUAUAUGGACCAAGGUUGGGCUGGAUAAGGUGUUCAAGGGAUUCGUCGGACGCGACGGAAAACUGGAUUACGACAAAUUAUUCGAAACACUCCAGAACCAGUCGUUCCGCCGAAGAUGGAUCAAAGCCGCUACCAUAUAUUUGGCCGAUUGGGCAAACUAUAUCGCAAACCCAGAGGUCUAUCAAAGAUACGUUGCCACCGGGCAGCUAAUGGCAAAUGGUUUCCUGCAGUCUCGUGGCUAUCCGAAGCAAACCAUGCUAGACAUCAACCGGCCGAGCGAGACCAUCUCCAACCUGAUUGAUCAUAUCGCCAAAAAGCACCUGCAGGUGAAGAUCGUUUCUGUGACGUACGUGAAACCGGCGGUCAACUAUGUCAAAGAUCUGCUCAAACUUGGCAAGGCAAAGCAAUUUCUGCAGCAAUAUAACGCUACCGAACUGACGGAUAAGCUGACCGACACGCUGAAUCUGGAGGUAAUUGAACCGGUGCUGAAAGUUCACCGUGCUUACCGGCAAGCUAUCCAAACACCGCACUGUGAUAAGUACAUUCUAUGCGAAAUUAAUUCGCAUGAUCCAAACGAAAAGCUGGGGCUCGGUGGCUUCAAGCGGGGUGUAACACGUUUCGGAAGUAUGGCCGCAUCGUGGUUUAUCAGCCAGGAAACUCAAACUCCCUUCUGGACACUAUUUGCCAUCAUAAACGAUCCGCACAAUUGUCAGGCAAAGCACCAAGUUGACUGUCCUGAGUUCCACGAGAAUGAAAAUAGAGUGACCACAGAGUAUCCUCACAGCGAGCUCUAAAAGGUGAUGUUGUUUAACAAAAAAAAGUGAUUGUUGAAAGAAAAAGGUAGAAAAUCGGGUGAUCUUCCAAAACAGUUAUACAGUACUUAAUCGUUAAAUUGAAAAUGUUUAUUAGGGUUUGAAAUUUACAUUUGAUUACUACGGACACGAUCGGUAGUAUAAUAGAGCUAAUCAACACGUGGAAGCUCAAAACAGCAGCAUUGCGUAGAAGCAUGUAGGAAAGCAUACCCUUAAUAAUCGUGGUGUUCGACGUAACGGUAACUAGUUUUUUCUUCGCGGUGAAUAAUGAAAACACAUCCGUGUAGGAUAUCGAGCAUGCAUUUUUAUAUUGAAUGUAAAUUUCAAACAAUUAACGAUUGGCAUUCGGAUCGGUAGAAGAUCACGCUCAAAAAUAGGAGAAAUCCAAUAAA